CCCCUGCCUGUCCCGCCCGGCUGCUGCCCGCGUCCACCCCGCCACGAUGGCGACGCGCUUGUGCCGGGAGAAGGCGCAGAAGCUGAACGAGCAGCACCAGCUCAUCCUGUCCAAGCUGUUGAGGGAGGAGGACAACAAAUACUGUGCCGACUGCAAGGCCAAAGGUCCUCGAUGGGAUUCCUGGAAUAUUGGUGUGUUUAUUUGCAUCAGAUGUGCUGGCAUCCAUAGGAAUCUUGGGGUUCAUAUAUCCAGGGUCAAGUCAGUCAAUGUAGACCAAUGGACACCAGAACAGAUCCAGUGCAUGCAAGAUAUGGGAAAUACUAAAGCAAGACUACUAUAUGAAGCCAAUCUUCCAGAGAACUUUCGAAGACCACAGACAGAUCAAGCAGUGGAAUUUUUCAUCAGAGAUAAAUACGAAAAGAAGAAAUACUACGACAAAAAUGCUAUAGCUAUUACAAAUAAAGAAAAGGAAAAAAAAAAAAAGGAAGAGAAAAAGAAAGAAAAGGAGCCAGAAAAGCCUACAAAACCUCUUACAACUGAAAAGCUGCAGAAGAAAGAAGACCAGCAAUUGAAACCUAAAAAAAGUACCAGCCCUAAAAAAGCUGCAGAGCCCACUGUUGAUCUUUUAGGACUUGAUGGGCCUGCCCAGGCGCCGGUGACCAAUGGGAGUGCAGUUGUGGGGCCAGCCCUGAACGAUGACCUGGACAUCUUUGGACAGAUGAUCUCUAACCCCUUACCUGCAACUGUCAUGCCCCCGGCUCAGGGAACGUCCUCUGCACCAGCAGCUGCCACUCUGUCUGCAGUGACAUCUGGGGAUCUGGAUCUGUUUACUGAGCAAGCUGCAAAGUCAGAAGAGGUGGCCAAGAAGCAGCUCUCCAAAGACUCCAUCUUGUCUCUGUAUGGCGCUGGGGCCAUCCAGCAGCAGGGUGCUCCUGGUGUGUUUAUGGGACCCACGAAUCUACCAUUUACCUCACAAGCACCGGCUGCGUUUCCAGGCUUCCCGUCCAUGAGCGUGCCUGUGCCCGCGGUGCCCAGCCUGGUGGGCAGCUCACUGGGGCCGAGCGCGGGCAUGAUGGUGGGCGUGCUGGUGCCCAGUGGUUUCAUGGGCAGCGCACAGACUGCUGUGAUGCCGCUGGUGCAGGGCGUGGUCGGGCCCCCAGGGAUGGUCGCUCACUUGGGCGCAGCCCAGGGGAAAUUUGGCCUGCAGCCAACUCCGCAGAGUCCGUGAAACCUCCCCCAGGUGAACCAGCAGAUGGCUGGCCUGAGCCUGGGUGGCGCGGCCUCGGCGGCGGGCUUCGGGCAGCCACCCAGCACCUCGGCGGGGGCUGCGGGCUGGUCCGGGGGCUCGUCGGGGCAGACGCUCAGCACGCAGCUGUGGAAGUGAGCCCCCGCCGGCAUUCCUGCUCAGACACGCCCGGUUCCCCUGUCCAUUCAUGUACAUACAUGUUUUUUUCUUUUCCCCCAUUUGUUCAUAUUAAGAGUUACCUGAUUGACCGUGUUGGUCUGUACUGAUUGAAUUUGCUGUGGUGAAAAGCAGGUUGAGAAACUGUUCGAGGGCAGCUUUGCUCACAAUUCCCAGAAUUUUGCAGACACAGUCUCUGGGAAGCUGCUCAGUCAACGUGCAUAAUCAGUUUCCCUCUUGAUGAAAUUAUAGCUCUCAUGUUUGCAUAUAAGGGAAGUAGUUAUCAUGUUAGUAAUACCUCUAACAGUAUGAGCCCCACCCCCAGAUUAGCCAGUAAUCCUGUAGGAAGGUACUGUAUGAUCAAAUGUUUAAUCAUAUAAAUAGAAUGAAUGUCAGUGUAUCACCGAGCACUGUUUUUUAGUGUAUCCAGACUCUUUUAUGUCACAUUCACCUCACUGUGGUGUUGUUAUGAUGUGCUUAACAGGGAACGUGGUUAGUGAAAGGAAGAUAAACCUGGAUGUUAUGACACGACUUAGUUUAACACAUGUUUGAAGAAGUCAGAUUUUCCUGCCUUCCUUGGAAUUGGGGUCUUUUCCUAUGUGUACACAGUGCUAGCAAGAGGCCUUUCUCCGCACUGGAUCCAAACAGGGUAACUGAACAAGCCACUUGUCCUUGAGGUGUGUCCAGGUUUAUGACAGUGAUUGUGUUUACAUUUUAUGGUGCCUAGUACUGACAGAUGUCAUAUCCCUGUAUUAAACAGAUGAAUCCAU